AUGCAUAACACUUUUCAGAUGCUGCCAAAUCAAGUUACCCGAAAACACAGAAUGAAUCAGAUUCUGCUGCUGCUAAUUCCCCCCAAAAUACCGCUAGACGCAAAGCAUUGUUGCACUGCUGUGGUUCUAUCACUUUUAUUGACUGUUUUGUCUUUCACUCUUCUUUCUGUAGAGCAAGGCAUGGUGUGCGCCUGUGGUGGGACUUUCUGCACCACGCAUCGCUUUGACGAUCGCCAUAACUGCCCCUUCGACUAUCAGUCGGACGAGCGCGAACGUCUGCGCAAGGCAAACCCACCGGUAUUGGGAGAAAAAGUGAAGAAAAUCUAA